AUGGAUGCAAAUUUAUUGCUUUUCAAAACCGUCAUUGCUGGUGACAGCUGGGGCGAGGUCGCUGUCCCAGUAAUUCAGGCACAUCCAGCAACUGCCUUCAUUUUCGUCGGCUCUCAGCUGACGUUGGUAUUUGGAGUUCUGAAUCUCAUCGUUGCAGUUGUCGUUGACACCUUUGCAGAUGCCCGGCUCAACGAUGUCCAAACCUUAGCGGAGGAGAUGGAGGACGAGAUUGACUUCGAUAGAAAAUCCUUGGCGAAGAUUUUCGGCAGAAUCGACAAGGAUGGAAGUGGACAGCUAUCUUUGCAGGAGCUCAUUGAAGGAGCUCGUAGCGAUCCAGAUUUUCAGAGCCGUCUGCGUGUCAUGGAUAUCGACGAGCAAGAUUUAGAGCAGCUCUUCCACAUGAUAGACCAAGAUCAAUCUGGAACUAUCGAGGUGUCAGAGUUCAUCGGCCCCCUGUCCCGGUGGGCGCAUGACUCCAAGACCGCCCCCCGCUUUAUCAAGUAUAACAUGAUCCAGGCAACGCACCUUGAACCCUAA